GCCGCUGGAGCCGGCGGCGGGAGCGGAGGGAGCGCGCGGCCUGGGGACCCGCAUUCCCCGGUCCCCCUCCGCCCCACGCGGCCUGAACCAUGGACGCCAGGUGGUGGGCAGUGGUGGUUCUGGCUGCACUCCCUUCCCUGGGGGCAGGUGGGGACACCCCGGAAGCCCCCCCAGAGACAUGGACCCAGCAAUGGUUCUUCCGCUUUUUGGUGAAUGCAGCUGGCUAUGCCAGCUUUAUGGUACCUGGCUACCUGCUAGUGCGGUACUUCAGGCACAAGAACUACCUGGAGACAGGCAGGGGCCUCUGCUUCCCUCUGGUUAAAACUUGUGUUUUUGGCAAUGAGCCCAAGGCCUCGGAUGAAGUUCCCCUGGCCGCCAGGACAGAACCUGCAGAGACCACCCCUUGGCAGGCCCUGAAGCUGCUCUCCUGUGCCACUGGGCUCCUGGCAUCUUACCUGACAUGGGGUGUGCUGCAGGAGAGAGUGAUGACCCGAAGUUAUGGGGCGACAGCCACAUCACCAGGGGAGCGCUUCACAGACUCACAGUUCCUGGUGCUAAUGAAUCGAGUGCUGGCACUGAUUGUGGCUGGCCUCUGCUGCAUCUUCUUCAAGCAGCCCCGGCAUGGGGCGCCCAUGUAUCGGUACUCAUUUGCCAGCCUAUCAAAUGUGCUGAGCAGCUGGUGCCAAUAUGAAGCUCUGAAAUUCGUCAGUUUCCCCACCCAGGUGCUGGCAAAAGCCUCAAAGGUGAUCCCUGUCAUGAUGAUGGGAAAGCUGGUGUCCCGCCGCAGCUAUGAACACUGGGAAUACCUGACCGCCGGCCUCAUCUCCAUUGGUGUCAGCAUGUUUCUGCUGUCCAGCGGACCAGAGCCCCGCAGCUCCCCAGCCACAACUCUCUCAGGCCUUGUCCUGUUGGCAGGCUACAUUGUCUUCGACAGCUUCACCUCAAACUGGCAAGAAGCCCUGUUUGCCUAUAAGAUGUCAUCAGUGCAGAUGAUGUUCGGGGUCAACUUUUUUUCCUGUCUCUUCACUGUGGGCUCCCUGCUAGAGCAGGGGGCUCUCCUAGAGGGGACCCGCUUCAUGGGGCGACACAGUGAGUUUGCUGCACAUGCCCUCCUAUUGUCUGUCUGCUCGGCAUGUGGCCAACUCCUGAUCUUCUACACCAUUGGGCAGUUUGGGGCUGCCGCCUUCACCAUCAUCAUGACCCUCCGGCAGGCUUUUGCCAUCCUGCUCUCCUGCCUCCUCUAUGGCCACACAAUCACUGUGGUGGGAAGUCUGGGGGUAGUCGUGGUCUUUGCUGCUCUCUUGCUCCGAGUCUAUGCACGGGGCCGUCUAAAACAACGGGGAAAGAAAGUUGUGCCAGUGGAGUCAACUGUGCAGAAGGUUUGAGUACUGAAGUUUAACAGGACCCUUAAUCUUAACUGCCUCCUAAGUAAACUUCUCAAGAGGCUGGCUCAAGGGCAAAAUGCAAAUUUUUCAUCAAAAAGCCAGCUUUGCAGCUGGUGGGGACAGGGGGCCCUGGAGGAAGCCUUCCCCUUUGCCUUAAGUCAGUCACUCAUCCUCUAGUAGGCAGGAUGCUUAGGAGCCCAAUGGUAGACAUUCAGUAUGAAGGUGGACACCUUCCAAACCUUCCCUCCCCAACUCCAAGUUCCUAGAAAUUUCACCUCUGCCACAGCAGGUUACCUGUGCUUGUCCCCUACCUUGAAUACCCAGAGACUUGCAUCUCUUACUCUGGUGAGAAAAGCACAAAGUGUUGUAGACUCCAAAUGCUGCUUUCCCAGGACAAAGAUGGUGCUGUGCUGGAGGGAGGGAUCGAGCGCCCUGCCCAACAGUGCCACCCUCUGUGCUCCUUGAACUGUGGGCUCAUGGAGCACCUGGAGCCAGUUGCAGGUUUUGGUACUUUGGUAAUGUAACUUUUGGCUCUUAUAAUUUUAUUUUAUUAAAUUGCUACAAUGGUCCUGUGUUUUGCUUUACUUCAAUACACAUUCUAGAAGUGGGAUGAAAACCAGUUUUACAUCGUGGUUUAAGUUUUGUUUCUCCAACAGCUACAUAGCUACAAAGUCAUCUUUUGAGUACUGUAUACUCUAGAUGACAAGGUAGCAUUAUAUCCACUUUACAAGUGAGAGCAGAACUGUAUAAAACUGCAUUGUCUUUAUUUUGCAUACUUUAAUUUCAGAACAAAAUAAACAAAAAAAUUCACAACAUCCAAACCCGCUGUCAACAUGGGAGGGGUAAAGGGCUUGAGACCCUCCUAUCCUGUCUUAGAUAAGACAACAAA